AUGUUCCGUCCAGCUGGCUUCCACAGCGGGCAGAAAGAGGCUCCAAGGUGCAAUCAAUGGGGCCACGCACAGGUGGCGUCACACCGCAGCACGGCUAGUCAGGCGCCAAGUUUUGCUCAAGCAAUUGCCCUUGCGGCCAAAUUAGUGCGACAGCGCCAACGACUUUUCACAAGCUGUUGCCGAGCACGCUGGACAGAGCCAGGAGCAUGGGUGAGCCUUUGCAGUCUUGACCAGGCGUACGCGGCUGAUGUGGCGUGCGACUGUUGUUGUGCCGGGGGCGCGCUUUUGGUGAUGGCGCUGUAG